AUGGCGGAUUCCGACGCCCCCGUCACGCUGCGUACGCGCAAGUUCAUCCGCAACCCCCUGCUUGGCCGCAAGCAGAUGGUCGUUGACAUCCUCCACCCUGGCCGUGCCAACAUCUCCAAGGAGGAGCUCCGCGAGAAGCUCGGCUCCAUGUACAAGGCCGUCAAGGACCAGAUCUCCGUCUUCGGUCUGCGCACCCAGUUCGGUGGCGGCAAGACCACCGGCUUCGCCCUCGUCUACGACUCCCCCGAGGCCAUGAAGAAGUUCGAGCCCCGCUACCGCCUCAUCCGCGUCGGCCUCGCCACCAAGAUCGAGAAGGCCAGCAGGCAGCAGCGCAAGCAGCGCAAGAACCGCCAGAAGACGCUGCGCGGUACCGCGAAGGUCAAGGGUGCCAAGAAGAAGAAGGAGACUUAA